AUGAAAAGAGAUGAACAAUAUAUCCCUGAGCUACGGAAAGACUUUUUAGAAGAACCUACAGAACUGCAGGAUAUACCAUCUAAGCAAAUGCAGAUACAAAAUCCUCAGCCACUCCCUCAACUUCAAAAUCCAAAUCCAAAUCAAAGCCAGCACCUGCAUCAACAUCAGCAACUACUGCAGCAUCAAAAUCAACACCAACAUCUACAUCAGCUCCUGGAGAUUCCACAGCAACAGCAGCCAGACCAAAAUGUUCACCAACUAUACCAAUUUCAUCAACCAAUGCAGACGCAAAAUCAGCAACAGUACCACAUGCAACUUCCUCAGCAACAAGCUACACACAUACAACCAACACAAGUUUCGCCCCAACUACAACAACGACCACAUCCAAUGCAACAGCAACUUUCCCAAAACCAACCUUCUCAGCCGCUUUCAAUAAAUAUAUCAAAUCAUCAACUUCAACAACAGAUUUACCCAGAUAUCACUACAAUGAUAAACAAUAACCCAGAAAUAAUACCACCCUCCGUCCAAUCAACCUUCGUAGACCCCAAAAUUUGCCAAGUUUGUGGUAAACGGUCUAACGACAUGCUGAGACAUAUGAGAAUACAUGACACUAACCCUAGAUUCAGCUGCAAAUUUCCUUCGUCUUGGUGUAACUACAAAUCGAUUAACUAUAAACGAAGAUACGAAUUCAAGCGGCACUUGUUAUGUAAGCAUUUCAAAUUCGAUGUCCUAAAAAUGGGAAGAAAAAUGACGGUAAGCUCAGUCUUAGACCACAAGGGCAGGUGUCCCUGUGGGCUACAUAGCACGGCAAGGGUCUGGUUGGAUGAGCAUAUUCUACCGGGAGAUAAUAUAUCAUCUCCAUGUCCCUUAUUCAAAUUCUAG